AUGGAGAAGAAGAAGACAGAGCUUCAAGCCGCCAUAGAAGAGCUCUCUGUUGUCAUAAUAACUAAACCUCCAGACAAUGAAACCACACAUAUACCCUUGGCGCCUCUUCUCUCCUUCUGCAACUUAAUAAUUCAAGUUCUUGAUAAGAUAGGACCGACAAUGGCUGUUCUUAGACAAGACAUCGAUCAAAAUAUUCAGAGAUUGGAGAAGGUUUGCGAAGCAGAUCCUUGUGUUUACUCCAAUUUGGUUGAGAUUCUGAAGAAAGAAAGGAACGAGGGGACAUACAAGAUGGUUGCUAGUUGCAGUAGAGCCAUUCUUUGGCUCACUAGGACAAUGGAUUUUACUGCGGGUUUAUUACUAUUGUUGUCCAACAAUAUGUCCUCCAAAAUGGAAGAACUUGUAGAAGAAUGCUACAUGGAGACUUUAAAACCGCAUCAUGGAUGGAUCGCGUCUGCUGCUUUCAAAGUGUGCUUGAAGCUAGUGCCUGACAAUAAAACCUUUAUAGACGCAAUCGGUGCAAGAGACCAGAGCUAUGAGACCCUUAGAGAAGACAUUGAUACAUUAAGCUCAUUGUUGACACCUAUUCUCAAAGAAAUCUCCAUUGUUCUGGAACAAUACGGGUUGAACAGAUUAAAGUCGAAGUAA